AUGCAUAUUCAUUUUCUUAUUGAUAUUAUAUUUAAGAUGGCAACACUAUAUCAGCAUUUAGCACCUAACGAUCUAUCAGCUACUUAUCAGUUUCAAGAAAUGCAAGCGUUACCAGCUCAAAAUUUAUCAUUCUCACCUCAGUCAAUGCCUUUCACGCAACCUCAAGGCACUGUAUAUUUUCAACCGCCAUAUAUCUUUCCAAGUGGAUUACCUCAGAUGACAGUUGGCGAAAUGUUCAACAUGCCUCAAGCAAUGGAAAAUACUUCAAUGGAAAUUGUAUCUAAUGAUAAUUCUCCUUUACAAGGUUUGCAUUCUACAAUGUCGGAAAUGCAAACAAAUGCGAUGUAUUAUCCGCAACCCCCAACACUCACUAUUCCGUUCUCACCUGCGAUGCAAGCUUUGCCAUAUAUUAAUCAGUAUAUUCGUCCUGGACCAAUUCUUAUACUUUUACCACCACCAGUUCCAGAUGCCUCUACACCAGUCAACCCAAUGCUACAAGUACCUGUAUCAUCUACUUUUAAACCAGGAGCAGCAAUACCAGCACUACCAGCUUCAUUUGGAUCUUAUCCACAUUGGUCAACGACUAGUGCUACAUCUCAAAGUCCUACUUUAAAAAUUACUCCGCGAAAAGAGGCUUUCUCUAUGAAUUUGAACCAAGCACCUCACAAAAUCGUAAGCAUUGAUGCUUCCAAGAAUUCUUCGAAGGAAAAUUCUAAUCGUAACGAAUUGAUGUACAGAAAUAGAUCUGGUGGUCCAUCGUUGAAUAACUACCGUACUAAACUUUGUAUUAAUUUUAAAAAUGGUCAUUGUUCGUACGGAGAUAAAUGUCGAUUUAUACAUCAACAGCCAAUAGAUGACUCAAUGAAAACGAAAUUCUCUACAAAUGCUCCUGCAUUCGUACCCAGAGCCAAUUUAAUUCAUACUAAGCAAACAAGCCCAUCAGCUUCAGUUGAAGUACCUGCAUCUAAUCGUUUGUAUAGUUCAACUCCUGUAUCGUUGCUAACAAAAAGUCCAGCAAAUGGAUUAGAUUUGAAGGAAACUGUAGCGACACCAACAAAUCGUCGAGUUUCAUAUCGUCAUGAUUUCAGUGCUGUAAGAGAAAAAAAAGGAUUAUCAAUGGAUCAAGCAUUAAAUUUUUGUGUUCGUGUUGCCGUUGCUACUGCUGCUUCAGUUAUUGUAAUGAAGAUGGUAUUAAAAUAUGUCGAUCCAAAUCAUGCUAUCAAUAAAUUAGCUAGAAAAAAGGCAAUACAAGUUAUGAAGGCUCUUGGAUUGGAUCCAUCGAUAGAGUUAAACGAACAUGAACUGCGUAUAGCAACACAAUUUGUACAUUGUGAUGACGGUGCCGAUUGGUGUGAUAUUGGUGGUUGUCGAGCAGUAAUUGAAGAAAUUAAUGAUCGGAUAAUAAUUCCUUUGAAGAUUCGUAAUGUCUAUAAGAAGUUUGCGAUAUCAUCAAGUCUUUUAUCACCACCUAAAGGAGUGCUUUUAUAUGGUCCGCCAGGAUGUGGAAAAACUUUGAUUGCUAAAAUUAUUGCUCGAGCAGCGAAUGCUCGUUUUAUUAACCUUCAAGUUUCAUCACUGUGUGACAAGUGGUAUGGUGAAUCACAAAAGCUUGCGGAUGCAGUUUUUUCCGUUGCUCAGAAGUUCCAGCCUACGAUCAUAUUCAUCGACGAAAUUGAUUCAUUUCUGCGAGACAGAAACACUCAAGAUCAUGAGGCUACUGCAAUGAUGAAGGCUCAAUUCAUGUGUCUUUGGGAUGGCUUUGCAUCAUCAGAUGAUGCUAUCGUCGUGCUUGGAGCAACAAAUAGACCAAAUGAUGUCGAUAGCGCUAUUUUACGCCGAAUGCCCGCACGUUUUUAUGUUCCCUUACCUAAUUUAGAUUCUCGGAUAGACAUAUUAAGGGUUUUACUUAAAAAUCAACCUGUAAUGCCUGAAAUUGAUUUUGAAAGAAUAGCAGAAUACGCCUCAGAAUUAAGUGGUUCUGACUUGAAGGAAGUUUGUCGAUUGGCUGUUUCUUCACGCGUGAAAGACGCGUUUCUUAAAGGAGAGGACUUAAAUGACGAAAAUACCCGGAUAGUUCGUGAAACAGAUUUAAUGCAGGCCGUAAUAAAGUAUAAGCAAACCACGCAAAUUUCUGGUCUCAGGGGUCGAACCUCUUGA